AGGGGUAGUGGGUUAGAGAGAGGGCUAAAGUGAGGGGGAUACAGAGGUAUAUAUAGAGAGAAGGAGAGAUAGAGAGCGAGAUAGGGAAGAGAGCUAGAGAGUAGUAUAGAGGGAGAGAAGACUGGGGAGACAGAGAUAGGUGGAGAUAGAGGGCUAGAGAGAGAUAGAGAGAAUGAUAUAGACAGUUGGAUAGAAUGAGAUAGAGAGAGGGAGAAGGGAGAGGGAAAGAGAGAGAAGGAGAGGUAGAGAGUGGGAAAGAAAGAGAUAAGGAAGAAUAGUGAGAGAGGGAUAGAGUGAGAUAGAGGGAUAAAGAGAGAGUUAGAAGGGAGAGAACAUUAGAGAGAUAGGGAGAGUGGGAUUGAGAGAGAGGGAUAGAGAGAGCCUGGGAUAGAGGAACUGGAAUAACCUGGAAGACAGAGAAGGAUACUGUGAUAGAGACACUGCAGUAAUCCAGGAGCUAGAGAGAGGGACAUAGAGACAGACAGGGACUGGGAUAGGGAGAGAGACAAAGUUGAACUGGGACAGAUAAGGAGAUUAAGAUAAUCCAGGUGGGACUUGAGCUGCAGAAGAUGAUACCUCCAAUAGACUCACUUUUGAAAUAUGACCAUCCGCUACUUGUCAGCAGGAAUGUAGAGAAAAAAUCUGCAAAGGCUCGUCCCUUCAAAGUGAGUGCCCAACAGCCUACAUCUACUUCACCAAUUCCAAGUCCUCCAAAAGCCAAACCAGUUGCAAUUGAUGUUACUAAGCAGACAGAGGAGAUUUUAAAUGCAAUUUUGCCACCAAGAGAAUGGACAGAGAAUUCUCAGCUGUGGAUUCAGCAGGUAUCCAGUACUCCCUGCACUCGGAUUGAUGUUGUCCAUCUACAGGAACAACUGGAUCUCAAGCUGCAGCAGAGGCAAGCUCGAGAGACUGGAAUUUGCCCUGUCCGUAGGGAGCUGUACUCUCAAUGCUUUGAUGAACUGAUCAGGCAAGUAACCAUAAACUGUGCAGAGCGAGGAUUACUGUUGUUGCGAGUCCGCGAUGAGAUCCGAAUGACCAUUUCUGCCUAUCAGACACUGUAUGAAAGCAGUGUGGCCUUUGGGAUGAGAAAAGCUUUACAAGCAGAAGAGGGCAAAACUGACAUGGAGAAGAAGCUCAUUGAUUUGGAAACAGAAAAGAAAGAGCUGGAGAGACAACUCAACGAACAGAAGACGAAGUGUGAAGCCAUAGAGAAAAGGGAGAAUGAAAGACGUCAAGUUGAGGAGAAGAAGCAUGCAGAAGAAAUACAGUUUCUCAAACGGACUAAUCAGCAACUUAAGGCACAACUGGAAGGCAUAAUAUCUCCAAGGAAAUGAAACCAUGCACUUUCUCUCCAAUCCAGACUUAAGUAUACUAUGCUCUCACACUAUUACUGUAAUUUAAACUGUAUACAAGUUACGAUAUAGGCAAAGGUUUGUCUAUUGAAUAGAACCUCAAUGCUCUAAAGACUAGUAACAGAAAUACAGCCCAGACUCUUUGGAUGCAUAAAUACAAUGUAAGUACAACACAUAAUUAGUUUAACAAGUGACACCAUUAAAUACGCAGUUAGUUCUCUCUGCAAAGAGGUCCGUGGAAUGGUGUAUUCUCUGGUCCUGACAAUGUUGUAUGUUUACAUUUACUUACCAUGGUACUGCAAUUAACAAAGAUUGCAUGUAAAGCUAUUCCAGGGCCACGAAGAAACGUUACAGUAAUAAUUCCAGAACUAGUUUUAAUUAAAACUCUAAUUUAAAAGUAUUAUGAUAAUUAAACUAUUUCAGUUCUGUCUAAUUAUAGGUCUCAGUAAAUCUUUCACCUCAACAGGAAGAGGGAAACCUAUAUGUAAUCCAAAACAAAAAGUACUAAAAAAAGCAUCAAAAAGGACAAAAUUAAUUUUAAAGAAAGAAAAGCUAUUUGAAGUGGCAGCAAACUUAUUUGUUCCUGGAAAAUGCUGCUUGUAGUGGCAUUUUCCCCCCACUGUGCUGGUAUCUGAUAUGAUCUCCUGCGAAUUUGAAGGUUCCAUUCAGCUUCAAAAAGUGAUCAUACCAAUGCAUCCUACAAAAAGUUAACCAAGAAAACCUAAAAAAAAGCACAAACCUUAAGUACGGAUCAAAUUAUAACUGCUUUCAAGGGUGUAAAAAAAAAUUCAUCCAUUAUUAGUUCUUUAGACGUUGAGGUACUGUUCCAUACUUUCUUUCGUUUAACAACAUUGCAGUAAUAAAUGUUGGAUUUGUGUAUUUUUAUUACUGUGUCAAAUUCUGAAUUAACAUUGCGGUACUAAUUGUGCUGUAAAUUUUAAGAUAUAACCUGUACCAUUCUUUUAAAAGAACGUGUUUCUUGAAAUAAAUGCAACUUUAAAGUCAUUUUAGUUCAGAGCAAACAGUAUACAGCAGCUUUUCAAUAAUAUUAAAAAGAUGUUUAUGCCAUUUGAUUGGUGGCUUGUGAAAUCAUGUAUAAAUUGUAUUAUGAAGAUUCGCCUCCAUAAAAAAAAAACAGGAGCUGGAGGUGACCACUUGAUCCUUAGAGCCUGAUUCACCAUUCAACAGGAUAAUAUCGAUCCUUUGCCUCAACUGUACAUUCCUGCAAUAACCUCAUAUCCAUUUAUUCCCUUGGUGGUUAAAAAAAAUUUGAACUGUGUCUGGAAUAUACUCAAAAUCUGAGCAUCCACAGAUCUCCAUACAACACCAGGGUAGUAAAGUGGAACUGAAGGUAUUAUUUUUGCUGUGUAUACUUUGUAUUCAGUAUUGUAUUACCCAAAGCCAUCAUGAAUCAUCAUAAGUGGCUUAUAUAUUUUCAAGCUUUCGGAAACAUUCAGUUUUUUUUUCUAAAUGAAAACUUAUCCUGAAGUGUCUUUGCACGAUACAUCAUGGCCAUAUGAAAUAUGUUGACGUUUGAGUAAUACAUGAGCAAACAAUAAUGCUUAACACUUGUUUGUGACAGAAAAUAACACAUACCACUUUUUGCUUUUGCGCGCACAUGAAGCUUAUGCACAAAAAAACUGGAAACUUGUCUCUUUGUUUCCCAGUAGAUGACCCAAUGUCAACAUUAAUUGAGUGAGACAUUCCAAUGCCUCUUCGUCAGAAGGUUUCAUAGACAAUAAUACCCAAAUUCAUUGUUGCAUCUGGAAUCCUGACUAAAGGAAAAAGUAAAAACAAGAGAACAAAGUGUG